AUGAUAGGACCAUUUCGAUAUGCGCACCUUAAGAGAUUAAAAAACACACCUGCUAGUAAGGGAUAUAAAUAUAUUCAUACAAAUAGGGAAUACUGUUACUUAAUAAACAAAAUUAAAAAUAGUGGCAACAAUAGUAGUCAUCAAAUUAAUACGAAGAAAGUUUUUUUUCCUGGCACUAAAAGAAACUAUUUCACGUCUUUAUACAACAAUGUGAAAGGAAAAGAAGAGUUAAAGAGAGAUAUGGAAAAUUUAUAUGACAAUAUUAUAACAAGCAAUUGGAACGAUUCAGUAAAUUUAGUUUUAAAUGUUCCAAUUUGGGAAGGACGAUUAAAUGAUAUAGAAGAAAAAAUCAAAGGAUAUGAAAAUGAUAAGUCCAUAAUCGAUCAAAAAAACAAACUUAAUGAAUUAUUCGAUGUUUUAUUUAUAUUGGAAGAUUUACGUGAUCAUAUUAAUGAAAUAUUAGAACAAUCAUCUCGUUCUACUGGCUUAGCAGGAACACAUGUUUUAGCUUCCUUUAAAAUACAAAAUAUAAAUGAACACAUCGAAUUCUUAAAAAGCAGAUAUGAAGAAUUGUUGUCUUCUUAUCCCGCGUAUAAAUAUCAAAUUAAUUUAGUACUAGGAAAAGGAUUAGCAUUGCUAAGACAAAAAUAUGCAUUUAAUUGGAAACACAUGCAUGAUUUUUUCUUUUGA